AUGGAGGUGGAGGCCGCGAGUGGAGUGGGCGGUGGUUUGGAGGUAGCGGCCACCGCCGCCGCCCCGGCGCUGGAGGGCCUCCUCCGCUCCCUACUGGCCGGGACCAUCGCCGCCAUUGGAGAUACCGUCUUCCUGCUCGCCCUAGCGGUAAUGGGUUUCCCUCUCUCACUAGAAAAGGAUGAUGGCAGGCGCCAUUGAUUAUUCUUUUCUUCUUCUCAUGUGAGGCUUCAACAUCUGUUUCGAUUUUAGUUAUCUUCGAUACCUGGUUUAUCCUUGUCGUUCAAUCAAGUCGGAGCUUCCUGAAAUGGGUUCAUUUGAUAUCACAGAAAAGAGGGCUUGUCUCUCUGAUUUCCGUCUUUUCAUUGGUAUUUUUCCUGUUCUUGUCUCCUAAUCCUCUGCUCCCUGGUUUCCUCCGCCACUUCCCCUUCCUGCUCUGCCCAGUUCUUCAUGGGUUUCUGAAUCUAGGGUUUUUACCUGGCCAUCUUCGUCAACCUACGUUCCGAAUCUAGGGCUCGAGCUACUGAGUAUUGGGUUAGCAUGGGUUCCGGAUCUGGGUUCUAAUGAACUCUAUUUAGUGAAGAUGGGUUCUGGAUUUUGUUAGGGUUCAAGCAUCGAGCAUGGGUUCUGGAUCUGGAUCUGGGGUCAGAGAAGAAAAAAUAACCCUUUCAAGUUCAUUGGGUAGAUCUAUCUGGAUAUGGCAUAAAAAUCCAUUCUUUCCAACUUAGAGGUCUUCUCUUUUCUUCUGGGUUGGCCCCUGGCACCGCUGGAGGAGACGGCGGACCUUCUGACGGCAAUCUCUGUUUGCGCUUCAGAUGGGAUCGUCCUCCGCCGGCGAGAUUGCGGCGGCGGAGCAGAGCGGCGAGAGGUCUGGUUCAGUUUUCCUUGUCUUCUUCUUCUCCUUCUCCGGCGAUCUCUGA